GUCGUACUGCUACGACAGCAACGGCCUUCUAGGUCGUACUGCUAUGAAGCACAGAUAGAAGUGAAGAUUUGGUUGCGUGGCAACGGCUUUCUAGUACGAAGUACAGAUGGCUUUGACGUUCAAAAGCUUCUAGGGAUGGACACUAGACUAGAUUAUCAUAUAGCCAGGGCAUGGGAAAGUGGACGAUCACAUGAUCAUAUUAAUUACCACCAACCGACAUUUAUAGAUGGUGGGACUAUAAAUGCUAUAAAUAACGGAGCUAUAUCCGGUGGAACUUUCAUUACCGAAUCAUCAAAGAAGAGCGAUCAGGAAAAAGACGAUCACAAAGAACAAACAAACACGAAACGAACAAAAAUAGAACAUUUUUUCACUCGUGAUAUCACCCCAUCUCAGUUUAAAGAAAAUGUCUAUAUAGAUCAUGUUGGCGAAGAAUCAGUUUCAAGUCCUCCACAAGAUGUACAAGAUAACUAUACGAAAGAUCCCGAAUAUUUUGAUAAACUCGUAGAUAAUGUGGACUUAUCUUAUAUUGGAGGGGAGGAAGAACCUGCACCACCACCUCCAAAGUCUGGAAAUUCGGAAGGAAAAACUUGGGACACUUUUAUGAUUGACGGAAUCGACUUGAUAUUGGAUGGAAAAUGGUCAAUCUUGAACAAUCCGAAUAUGAUUUUUUUGAUAAUAUGGAGGAUGAGCCUGGAUCCAAAUCAAGAAAAAUUUCAAAAACACUGGUCUGAGCAACAGCUUGUUGCAAGCCAGGAAAGACGCAGACAAGAACAAGAUCCUAAUGAUGAGCGUGCACGUGCUGGACAAAAAACCGAUAUUAUAAUAGUUUUACCAACAGGACCAGCUUUAGAAGGCUUCAUUUGUGAAGUCUCAGGAGGACUUCCAGCGGGAUGCCCCAAAAAAAUUUGGACAGAUAAGCUGAAAUUAAUGGUUGGAAUGCGAGACAUGAUAAACAGAGUAAUGAAGACCUUUUCUGGUCUAUCAACAACAGAUUAUGAAAGUCAUUGUAUUUGGAUGCCAAGCUUACAAAUGAAUCUUUAUGCGAUGGAUGUCCGAACUUCAGGAAUUUAUCGUUUCGGAAUGAUUGAUAAGGUUUCUUUGCCUGCCUCAUCAAAAGAGUUGCCUGCGUACGAAGCAGUGCAUACAAUGUUACGUUCUUUGGAGCACCGAUUGAACAAGUUAACGGAUUAUUGCACAGAUCUCAAAAUCAAACAUGCAAAGUUGAGGCGAAGACGUGACUAUAUAUAUCAAGAAGACAAUUUAGCUUUUUCAAACAACUCUCCGAACACAUCUCCCCAAAGAAGAAAUCAGAUCCUAAU